AUGCCGCGGCCCGGCAGGCGGAGGUCCUCGGGUGGGGAGCCCCGGCCGCCCGCCGGCGAUCUGUCGGCCAGGCCGGAGCGGCCGCUGCGGCGAUCCGCGCGGCAGCGCAGGCCGUCGCGCCGGCUGGAUGACGCCGAUCGGGAGGGCGAGGAGGAGGGGGGCAAGCGGGCGCGCAGGGGGGGAGGGGAGGAGGAGGGGCGCGUAGCUGGGCCGUCCGUUCGCGCACCGGCGGGCGCUGAUGGCAGCGGUCAGGAGGGCGGGCCGGCGUCAAAGUGUCGGCAGGGAUCAGGCGAGAAUGCGGUGGCUGAUGGGGACGGCCCCCCUGCCCCAACUGGCAGUGAUGUGCCGGUGGCCACAAGGGAGGUGCCGAUAUCGCCAUUCCAAAUGCAGGUUGGCAGCAGUGGCAAAGGGGUGUUGGAUGCAGCGGACGGCGAAGGGCCACGCAGUGGGGCUGGUACCAAUGGAAAUGACACUUCAGGGUGGCCCGGAGGGCUCGACAAAUUCAUCCACACCGCACCAGAACCUGGCAAGGACACUCAGGACAGCAAACCACCUCAGCGAUGUGUGGAAUGUGAUGGACAAGACAAGCAUGCUCCUGGAGCAGAGAAUGAGCAUGGGGGAAACGUUGAGUGCCAGCAUCUGGAGGGUGACAACAAGGUUAAUAAAGCACAACCAUCCACAUCUUCAGGGGCUGCUGCAGAGUCCGCUUUGCUGGAGCUGGCCUCACCAAAACAUUCGUUGCCCAUCAACUCCUCUGAACCUGAGGUGGUUGGCUGCCAUCAGCCUGCCGCACUUGACCUGUGUCCCGAUCCUGGGCAGUGGGAAGAUGUGUGCGUCAAUGGCAGCAAUGUUCGGUUGGAGGAUGCUGUGCGCCACAAGGGACUGUGCCUCAUCAGGUUUGCACUCCGUGAGAGAUACCCAAGGGACCUGGGGGACACGGCCAAAGACAUCGAGCGCAUGGUGUUUGAACGCUUCGUCAAAGAUGAACGGCCGGGUUGCGUUUACAUAUCUGCUGUGAACCAGGUUCUGGCUGUCCUGGACCGACGCUGCUCUGGAGGGGACUUUGUGCGGGGGAGCCUCUUGACGGGGGACUUCGAUCCUGCAAGGCUGGUGGAAAUGCUGAGGUGGCCUCGUGGUGAGGACGCCAAAGGCGCGCGGGCUCCAAUGGCGGAGCUGGAUAGCACCGAUGCAGGCCACCCUUCUGUGCCCUGUGUGACGGUGAAUGGCAGCGAAGUGAGGCUUCCCGACAAAAUUCGACAUGAAGCCCUCUACCAUCUUCACAACGCCCUCCGCAGCACAUACCUCAGGGAUCCUGGCGAGGUGGCCCUUGAGACGGAAGCUCAAAUAUUCAAGAAAUACAACGAAGCUGGUGAGGCGGGGGAGCUGUACGCCCACGGCGUGCACCGCGUCUGGGACCUGCUCGACGCGGACAAGCCUGUCGGCAGCGAAGGCAUGCAGAUCUGCACGGCUCUGCUUAAUGGCACCGUCACCCCAGAGGAACUGGCCGGCAUGCUGAGGUCCCCUCCGGCAACAGCUCCUGCCGCACCGACAAAGCGUGACCAAGCCUGCGCCAUGCUGCAGAUGCGAACCCACAGGAAGCGGGCAGAUGGCUGCUCGCUGGCAAUUGAACGAGGGGCAGGGUUGGUUGUGGCGACUCGGAAUUCGCAUAUGUAG